AAAUAUUAUGUUACGACCAGCCAGUAACUCUUUGAUCACAGACUUGACUCCAUCGUGCCUGAAAGAGAGAUCAAACAUGAAAGCAAUCAUUAUCGUGCUCACCAUUUCUUUCAUCGCCGUUUUGGGAGAUCAACUCAGAGAUGAACAAAAAGUAAAAUUGAGAGGGUACAAAGAAUCCUGUAUUAACGAAUCUGGUGUCGAUAUUACCGUAAUUGAAAAUGCAAAGAAAGGAAAAAUAGCUGAAAAUGACAAAAAGUUUGCUUGUUUUGCUACCUGUUUGCUAAAUAAAGCCAGAAUUAUGAAUGCAGAUGGAGACGUUGACUGGGACCGAGCUCGUUUUAUAUUUUCAAGUAUACCACAAGAACGACUUGAUGAAAUUUAUGAUGCAUGCAAACACAUUACUGGAACAGGUUGUGAAAAGGGAGGCAAACUGUUUAAAUGUUUCAUCGACAACAACAUUAAUAUUUUAUAAGAAAAUGAAACUAAACUUUGCAUAAAAAUUUAAUUAGAUUAAUCAGAUCAAUCGUCUACUAGCUGACACAACAGAUCAAAAUAUAAUGUUGUAUAUUUUAAUCUGUUGUGUCAGCUACUUAGUAAAUAAUUGAUCUGAUUAAUAAAUCUAAUUAAAGCACAAUAAGCUAAUAUAAAAAUGUAUUAAUAAAAAUGUAUUAAUAAAAAAUAAAUAUACGUAUGUUGUUUCA